AAAGGUGAUCAUGUCCUGUCACACUCGGGUAGUCUUGACUCUUGUUCUCGUUGUUUCUUCUCCUCGUCACUGAUCCCAUUCGUUGUUUUCUUUCAUUCAGUCCUUCCGGAAAGGUCUUUCGCUUCGUUUGCCAUUCAUUCACUCUGCUAUUGCUAUCCACUGUCGUCCUCUUUAACCGUCUGUUGCAUAUACAGUUUCACGGCAAGUCCCCUGUAAUCAGUUCAAGAUGCAACCGUCCUUUGUCAUCCUCGCCGCCGGCGCCGGUGCCGUUCUCGCAGCCCCCAACCUCGCGCCGCGCCAAAACGCCUGCUUCGUCGUCGGCAACUCAGUCCUCCCGCAAGAGGUCUCGGACGCGGUCACCAACCUCGAGGCCAAGGUGACCUGCGACGCCUCCAAGAAGACCAUCUCGGGCGUCCCGGACGUCGACGCCGGCGGCGUCAAGUUCUCGUCCAUCAACUUCGCCGACUCGUCCCAGACGCCGCUCGCCUUCGCCCUCGACAAGUUCGCCACGAAGGAGCCCCUCGCGGACAACGACCUCGCCACGUUCCAGGGCGAGCUCGACGCCUACGUCGCCACCGAGGCCGGGAUCCGCUCCGUCGGCGGCAACCUCGGCAUCAAGGUGCCCAAGUUCUUCCUCGCCAUGCAGGUCUCGCGCAUCCAGACGGCCCAGGGGAACCCGCCCGCCGCCGCGGGCCAGCAGGUCGACCACCUGCGCGACAAGGUCAUCAAGAAUGCGGGCAAGGAGGAUAAGGCGCUGCUGGACCAGGUGACCGCGUUGGCCGCCAAGACCACCUGAGGUGGAGCAAGCUUGAUGUCAACAUGGGGGACAAGAGUCGAAGGCGCGAGCGUUGGUGGAACGACACUCUUCUCAUGUCAUGUCAUGCGAGGGGAGC